AUGUUCACCCCGACCCCAGCAAGUACACCCCCGCCAAAUGCGGUACUAAGGUUGAAGUACUCCAGCAAACUCCCUGUCAACAUUACCCUCUGGGCUCAGCGAGUUCAAAACCUUGCAUAUGCGCUGAAACGAGUCCAUGGGAUUAAACCUGGAGACAGAGUCGCAGUCAUAGCACCCAACUGUUCCAUGAUAGCAGAUGCACACUUUGGGGUCCUUGCAGCAAGGGCUGUGAUCACGCCAAUCAACACACGCCUGACCAUUCCGGAGGUUGACUACAUCCUAGAGCAUAGUGGUGCUAAACUCGUUCUCAUCCCAUACGUUGUAUGCAAAGACACGGGUCGAGCCGGAGACCCUUAUGAAGAUUACCUUACUCAAGGUCGUAAAUUAAGCGGCGAGGAGGGAUGGGCGGGCCUUGAAAUGGAGCCUGAUGAGAAUGCAAAUGCCAGUUUAUGUUAUACUUCGGGAACUACUGGACGACCAAAGGGCGUGGUUUCUACAUUCAGAGGCUCCUACCUCGCUGCCAUUGCAAAUGCAUAUGAAGCCCGGAUCACGCGUGACUCGACCUAUCUUUGGAUUCUCCCCAUGUUCCACGCGUGUGGCUGGACAUACCCCUGGGCAAACGUGUUUGCCUUUGCAACCCAGGUUACGAUCCGCGCGGUGGUAAAUUCGAUCGUUUGGAGGCACUUUACGGAAUCUAGAGUGACCCAUUAUUGUGGCGCCCCAACUGUACAGAUCGGGAUAGUUAAUGCCCCUGAAGCACAACGGCUCGAGCACCAAGUUCACGCAAUCAUUGCUGGAUCUGCACCAACGGCCCACUUGAUCGGGGAACUCGAGAAGAAGAACAUUCAUGUUACACACGUAUAUGGACUCACACACGCACUCAACGUUCCUGUAGCGAGGCAGACGUACGGUCCUUUUACUCGCAACCACCCCCAGCCCGAAUGGGCGCGGUUAAGUUUGGAUGAGCGGGCCAAAUUCAUGGCACGCCAGGGACAAGCCUUUGCCACCGCAGAUGAGGCACGCGUGGUAUACACCGACUCGGAAGAGAACCUUAGAGACGUUCCCGCGGAUGGUAAAACUGUUGGUGAAAUUGUUGUUCGUGGGAAUAUCGUAAUGAAAGAGUAUUUCCAAGACCCCGAGGCCACGAAGAAAGCGUUCAAAGGUGGUCAUUUUUGGUCUGGAGAUCUUGCAGUGAGGCAUCCAGAUGGUACAAUAGGCAUCACUGACAGAAGCAAGGACAUCAUCAUCAGUGGAGGAGAAAAUGCAUCUUCCCUAGCUAUCGAACAAGAGCUCUCAACCCACCCCGACGUACUCGAGGUAGCCGUGAUCGCCCGAAACCAUCCAAAAUGGGGUGAACGCGCAAUGGCCUAUGUAAUCCUGCACAGUCACAAGGCUGGAAAGUGGAAAGGCAAACACGCCGAGUUCGAGGCCGAUAUGAAGAACCAUGCGAAGAAGCGUUUGCCUGGGUUUGCAUGUCCUGAAUGGGUCGAGGUUGUCCCAGAGCUGCCCAAGACCUCGACUGGCAAAAUUCUAAAGAAUGUCCUCCGUGGCCGAGUCUCCAAACUCUAG